AAAACCUCACAGUAGUCGUGUUGCAGUGGAGUGGAGUUUGCCCUCAUAACAUUCGUUCCCCUCAAGAUGGCCACUUCACGGAAGAUGGGACGAAAAUUGGUGUUUCUUGGAGUUUAUAUAGGGUUUAUCAUGCUACAGUGUCAUAUCCUUACGUGUAGCUCUGCGCCCCUCGACAACACAGCAGAGGACAACAUAUCUACCACUGUGAACGUGGAAGAGGAAGUGGCAGAGCCUGUUAACGUAACGGUUGCAGAUUCUACUCCGGACAGUGCUGCGCCGACUCUGCCGAAGUCACCUCCUGCUGUCUCAGCCCCGUCAGAGUCAGAGUCAGAGUCGACCCCAGCAAAGCCUAUCUCUACCAAAUCAGAUUUAGUUUUGAGCUCAGCAAAGCCAGUGUCAAACCCUUCCAGUUCAAAUCUGAGUGGGCCUGCAGAGGCUCCAGAGGCUACAGAGGCUCCAGAUGCUACAGAGGCUCCAGAUGCUGCGUCUAAGGAAUCUAAUGACGGUGAAGGUGAUGGCACCCCCCAAGCGCCUACAGCCACCAAAGCAACAACCCCGAGUCCUGCCAAACCCACCGCCGCUUCCGAACCUAAAGGCAGUGCCACCAGCACACCGACCGCACCUCCCGCCAAAUCCUCCGCGUCUCCCACACUGCACGCCGCCGUCACUGACCUGAACGUCCCGCCGAAGCGCGCGAGCACCCCGCAGUCUACGCCCACCAGCAGCCCACGCCAGGAGGGCGACGACGAGGAGGGCGAGGAGGGCGACGACGACUACAAGGAGGAGUACGGAGACGAGGCCACGCUGGACGCCCGCGCCGCCGCCGGAGAGGAUAACAACAACGACAACGACGAGGAGCCAGCCAAUGACAUCAUCGAGCUUGGCGACGGUGAUGAUGAGUACGAUCAAAUUGUGCCGAAGACCAACCAAAAGAAGUUUGGUGGUGAGCAGGAUGCCACCAUUUACGCAAACCCGGAUGAGGACACGCACUUCUUUGUUCACCUGGUCAUCAUUGCCUUCCUGGUGGCUAUUGUGUACAUUACCUAUCAUAACAAGCGAAAGAUAUUCCUGCUCGCCUCGAGCCGUCGCUGGAGGGACGGCCUGUGCUCUCGCGGCGGCGUCGAGUAUCGCCGACUCGACCAGAACGUCAAUGAAGCCAUGCCCUCGCUGAAGAUGACCAAUGAUUACAUCUUUUAGAGCCUGUGGCUUUCCGAGGAGAAAGACACGUGGGGUUUAGAGAGCUGGUGGUGAGGUUUCAUCCCUUUCUGUUUUCACUUCUACAGUGGAGCCCCGGGGUUUCACAUUGUUUGCUCGUCCACGCAAUUGUUUUCUUUUUUUGUUGUUGUUGUUGUUGUUUUUUUCUUUUGCAGAAACUAUCUCUUUCUGAAUCUUUUUGGAGCUUUUGUUGGUCUCCAAAGACUGUAUUUAAAACAUGUUUCUUCCCUGCUGUCUUAAAGGUUUUAUUGCACAAUUGAUUGUGGGUAAUGGUGGGUAAUGGGGCACCACGUGUGGCCAUAAUGUAAAGUAGAUUAUUAAAAAGAUUAAGAUUAUUAAAAUGAGAUUCUCACACAAGUGGAAUGAGAGCGCAGAGUCACACAUGUGAAAUGUAGACCCACCUGAAGCUUGGAGCGGAGAUCUUGCGUUGCUGUUAUGGACAGCACCAAAUGCAAUAUUAUUAUGACUUAUUGUUAUCAUUUCUUGACGGGAGAUGGAAAAAGAAAUAUCAAAGUAAGAGCACUUCAACAAUAGGAAGUGUUUUUUUUUUGUUCUUUUGUCUUCGACAACGAUUUAUCAUCUCCACAAUAUCAGUGCAUCAGGCCGUAUCGUAGACUUGCUCAUGUUUUGGCGAUGCAUCUCAACACCUGUCCCUUUUUUAUAUAUUUGAAUUUGAGUUAUGACUUCAGUGAAGUCUCUUGAAAUGAGGAUGUUGUGACUGUUUGCAGUUGUUGAGAUGAAAGGUGUCUGUUUUCUUUGCGGUUUUGUGGGCUUUGAUCCUUUCACAUAAGUCUUGUUGUUAUAUGUGGCCACAUAUUCUCAAAGGAUGCUGUAUUACUUCAGGAGAGAUUGAAUUUCGACUCACAACAAAGUGCAAAAGUAGGUAAGCUACUUUUGCAAGCUCUCUGCCACGUCAGUGAGGGCCCACAACAUGAAUCCUAUUGUCAACACCACAUAGGUGGUAUUUGUAAUCUCGUUGAGCAUUAAUAUGUACUGGUGUUGGUAAAAUGUUGAAGAGAAUGGUCCUGCAGUCAGUGAAAUGGUGCAGAGAAUGGUACUGGAGUCUGUAAAAUGGUGGAUGAUAGAGUGGUAAACAUAUUCUUAACCAGUGUCUGUAACAGUAAUCCGGUGUGGGAACAAUGACCACGACAGGCAUGAUGUGUUUCUUUGUGCCUAUGCUGAACUUAGCUGUAGGCAUUAUUCACCCUUUUGUUAUUAAAGCACAACUGUAAAUAUA